AUGGUGGUGUCUCCGGCGCUUGAAGAGGAUAUUGUGCGACUCGAGAGACUGAAUCAAUGCUGCAAGCGUGUGCGGAUCUGGCGGCGGCAGGUUACGAACCCGCUCUUGCAGUACAAACAACAACAGAAUUUCAGCGGGAAGGGAAGUACUGGAGGCGCUUCAGGCAGCAUGAUUGCACCGAAAAAAACAGAAAGACGAAUGCACGCGAGUUUGCUCAUGUCAAUGAUCGUCGAUAUGUACGAGCAGCGGAUCCUUAGUGAGGUAGAAGGAGCUGCUCCCGUUGACACCUCGACUGAUGCGACAAGUGGGUUAUCUUCAAGCGUGAUUAGUUUCCAAGAGAGCUUUCCAGAGUUCGUAGUGCGCUUUCUGUCGCUAAGAUCGUCAAAUCGGCGUCUCGCGGUUGAUCAACUGCAUAGCACAAUUUCAACCGUGCUUCAUACUGCUUCAAAUCACGCACGCGUUCGGGUGUUUAGCUCUCUUUGCGGCAUCGACGACAAGUUUAACCCACCCGAGAAAAUCAAAGUGUUUCUUCACAUCUUAGAAAAUCUAUACCGAAGCAAGUUGGCUGCCAGUAUCGGCGCAUCCGGUGCAAAUACCCCUCGUAUCGAGGAAAUCGCUGCCACCGCACCGUUGGCUGAUGUUGUUUUCCAUAACGUUGGGAUAGCGCAGAACGUGGCGCAGCAGGUUAUUAGCGAUCUCUUUAGAGAUAACUUCUACUGGAAUUUCCGAUUUUGGAUAGUUCCAUGCACAGAGCUGGGUGUGGACUGGUCAUGGCCUGCUGGUGUCUGCGAAGAGCUUCAGGAGCGCGCACUCUCGUUAACUACAGCGUCGCGAAAUACGCUGCUGAAUGCCAAUCGCAAAAUCGACGGCGAUGCCUUUUUGGAGCUGCUCCUCGAUGACUGGACAGCUCGUGCCAAGCAACUCUGCGCUCUGCUAGAAACUGCAACAGAUCUUGAAGAGAGUGCAGGUCACGAGUUGCUUCUUUCGCGCCAAGUGACGCAAGAUUCGCGUUUGCAGUACCACCCCACUUCGGAUGAGGAGCGUCAACUCUUUGACCAACUAAUCGACAAGUACUGGAACGCACCAGUGCCUUGGUCUAGCGCCAAGUUGCAAGGUCGAAUUGCUACGUUGACGCCUCACAGACCUCUGACCCAGCUCCAGCAGCUCUACGCAGUCUACAUAGCUGAGCAACCACAGUCCCGACGUCUAUGGGAAUGGAGCAAUUGGCGCUGGGAAACGGAGUGGGAAUGGGGAGCACUCGUGCUAAAAUGA